AUGCUAAAAACGCUAACAUACGAAGAAAAAGCGACAGUGAUACAGGAAGUUGAAAAUGGAUUUAAAACAAAGUCUUUGAUAGUUGAAGAAUCUGGUAUUCCACCUAACACUUUGUCAACUUAUCUUAAAAAUAAAGAAAUAAUUUUAAAUAAGUUGGCUACGUCCAGUGUAAAGGGCAGAAAAAGGGCUAGAGAACCGGAAAAUAAUGACGUAGAUGAGUGCGUUUACAAAUGGUUUACACAGACAAGUGACAAAAAAAUUUUUUUUUGGAUAACUCGAAUUCUUGGAUAA